AUGGUUGGAACAUUGGAUAUUGGAUAUUUAUCAACGCCAACUGGAAUACUUAACAUAGCUGAAAUUGUUUCACUAAUUGCAGGUCUUAUUAGUGUUGCAUUUACAUCUCGAUUAUAUUGUGAAUUAGCUGAUAAUUUACAAUCAGUAUAUCCUGAUCUAAGUACUGUAGCUGUUCGAUCUGUAUUUCAAGCAUUUUCUAUUCUAUGUUUAACUACAACAAUUGUUAUUUUUCUCGCACAUCUUUAUGGUUUACGUUUUCUAGGAAGAAAUUUCGUUUAUUUAAAUCAAGUAUGUUUAGUUAUUAAUAUUAUUAUGGGACUUAUGAUGAUAUCAAUUGGUAUAUGUGCUGCAUUAUGGGAAGAUAAAUUAAGACGAACACCCGGAAUACUUCGACGGGGAUAUUUAAGAUAUGAAUAUCAAUAUGUUUUUAAAGAACGAACACACCCAAGUCCAGGAGCAGCUGCUGCUGCAGCUACAUUUGCUCUUAUCGCUGGUAUACUUUUUAUAGUUGAAGCAUGUACACGACCUAUGUUAAACAAUAAUGCAUCACGUUUACCAACAUAUACAUCCGAUCGACCUGGUUAUACAGUUUCACCUAACAAUCAACGUUCAUUAAUAAAUGAUUCAAAUAAUGGUGAACGUAUAAUACCUAUUGAGACAUCUGUUGCACCAUAUCGUGUUUAA